AAACCCGGCCCGCACUCUUCAGGCGAAAAGACGGAAACGCCCCCCGCUCCACCCUGACUCGACCCCAUCCAUGGCUGGCGGCGGCGGCGGCGCGUCGCCGGCGCGGGACGGCGGGCGGGAGGAGUGGCUGCGCAUCUACGACCGGAUGGUGGCCGUCCUGCGGAAGAGCCACCGGGACGUGGAGGCGCUGCUCGCCGACCGCAAGCGCCUCGAGGCCGUCCUCAAGAUCCAGCACGACUUCUGGCUCCACCGCGACGCCGUCCUCCGGGACCGCCUCGACGAGACGCGGAGGGUGGAGGACUGCCUGCGGCGGGGCGACGCCGCCAAGCUCGACCUGCUCCUCGGCGACAAGGACCUCGAGGUGCGCCGCCACCGGAUCUACAUCGAACACCAAGAUGGUGACUUGGAGGAUUUCAAAAGAGAUGCAGCUGCUUUGGCUCAAGAAAACAAUGAAUUGAAGAUAAAACUGAAGGAAGCUGAAAGUUGUGCCGAGCUCAGCGAGCCAACUACAGACCCUGAGCACAGUGGAAGAGAUUUGAGAGCAGAGAUAAGGAAGCUAAAGAAAGCCUAUAAGGCCCUGAGCUCGCAGAAGGAGAGCGAGGUUUCCGCGUUACUCGCAGAAAAGGAUUUCGUGUGGAACCAGUACAAGACAAUGGAGAAGGACUACGAGACGCUCCUUAAGAAGAAGAAGAUGGAGGCAGCACAGGCUACUGAAGCAGCCGAGAAGCUUCAGCAGAAGGUGGAGGAGCUGCAACUGCAAGUGUCAGCCCAAAAGAAGGAUGACGAUGUUGGCAGAUUGCAAGCGGAAGCUAAUGAUGCCAAAAAGAAGGUGCUGGCUCUUGAGGAUAAGCUACAAAAAAUGCACUCCCUGGUCAGUGAGAAAGACGAUGAGAUCCAAAAACUCAAGAGUGGGCACCUUCAGGCUAGUCAAAAGCGGAAGAAGGAUAUCAGCGGGACACAUAGAAGAUCUAGGUCUGAAGGUCCAUCUGUACGGGGGAAGUCUAAAAGUAAUCCUCGGAGGCAAAUGGCAGAAGAAGAUCAACCCGAGACCAGUCAGAAGCGUCAGUGUGCCUCUUCGUUAUCAAGUGGACUGGCGCUCCGGCGCUGCUCCUCGAGGAUGACGCACCUGAAACCCGCGUCGUCGUCGUCGUCGCCUGCGCCCCAGCAGGUACUCUUCCACUCCAGUUUCAAGGUCCCAAAGCUGAAAGCCCCCGCCCCUCCUCCCCCUCCUCCCUCGUAGUAGUCUGAUCUAACGGUCUCCUGACAUGUGCAGCUGCUGUUAGACCUCCAUGAUGGCUGUGUUUAGGUGUGUGGAGUUAGCGAUCAGGUUUAAUCUUUAUCGUGCGCCGCGCGCUCCCACUGGAGAGGCGGUGAUCGUGUUUUGUAACCUACAUCCUCGCCCUUAUUUUGAAGGCCCUUUUGUAACAUAUUCGCGGGCGCUGCGCGGAUGGAGAGCUCGCUGACCGGUGUAUGUAUGUAUGUGUGUGUGUGUGUGUGUUAACCAUGUGGUGGUGCCCUCGGGCCGGAAUUCGCGAGGUGUUUGAGAUGUGACCCGAACUCCCCUGAGUUAUGAGUGUGUGUUUCUGCGGUUGGUGUAUAAAAUGUGAAGUGGAAGUGUGAGAGGGCAUAAAUGUUCAUACUGUUGAUGAUUACAGGGGCAGAACCUUGUGUUUCUCUUUGGGAAAGCUGGUACUAGAAAUUUGAAUUUGCCCUUUGGCGAAUUUGUUUAGGGUUUUCGAUGGCCAAGUUGCGGUAUCGACAUAAAUGUGGGGAAAUUUACUUUGGAUGCCUGUGUCCUCCUGUAACCCAUUUGAGAGGAAUGUCAUACACACUUCAUGCUUUA